AGUCACACACAAAUUGUACCAUCCCCACCUGAUGAACAGCCUCAAUCGACCGACCUCUCACCACAGCACAUCUCCACUAUAUAAAGCGCGCGCGGUAGGCAGAGAGUGAAUUAAGCUCGUAGCGGGUGUUUUACUCCACAAUUAACCAUAAUGGUGCAAGCUUGGUACAUGGAAGAUGUCAGUGGUGGGGAAGAACAGUAUCUCCCUCAAAAACUAGAGCCCAACCAAGAUGUUAGCCUAGCCCAGCUAGACGAGCUAGGCGUUAAAUAUUACGAAAUUGAUGUCGAUUCCUACAAUGGUGAAUUUGAACCUUUAAAGAAAGAAUUUGGUUACACCUAUGAUGAUACAGUGGAUAUCCAUCCCUCUAGAUUUCCUAAUUUCGAUAAUAUGAUGAAGACCUUCUUCUCAGAACACCUUCACACUGAUGAUGAAAUUCGUUUGAUAUUGAAUGGGUCUGGUUACUUUGAUGUACGGGACAAAAAUGACAAGUGGAUCCGUAUAUAUUCUGAGAAAAAAGAUCUUAUAGUGUUACCAGCUGGGAUGUACCAUCGAUUCACCCUUGAUUCCAAGAAAUACAUUAAAGCUAUGCGGCUUUUCAAAGGAGUGCCUGUAUGGACAGCACACACGAGGCCAUAUGACGACUUAGAGUGUCGAAAGGAGUACUUGAAGUCAAUUGGAUUAGAAGCAUGAAGAACUCUAUCGUCAAGUGUAUUAGCAAGAGCUGAAAAUAAUUACCAAAAAAUAAAUUAACUUUUAUUCAUACAUUUGUAUACGUGCACAUACACGUCUAUAUAUGUGUGUGUAUAUGUAGGCUUGAAAUGGAAAUGAA